ACCCGGAGUCGGAGCGCACUGCACUCGAGUUCGCGUGCGGCGUCUCGACCUAGCUCGUGGGCGGUGCAGGCGCCAUCUCACCCUCGCCCCCAGGCGGACCCGGGUUCAAGAGACUCAUCUGUGUCGCGCCGGCCAGGCUCCGGACAUCCCACGCCGCUCUCUCCGCCGUGACCCCGACCAAAGAAAGAGAGCAAACAGGCCAGUGACGUCGAAAAUCCGAAUGAACGCCGGCCGUAGCACGGCGCCCUGAGUUCAUGGCUCUCCUCCUGCCCUCUAGAUAUCCUCUGUGCGUGUUGAUCACGCUCUGUCCCCGCAUGCCCCGCACACGCUUCAUGACUGUGGAGCGCAGACCCCAGAAACGUUCUGGGCGCCCAGUCUUUCGGGCCUGUCCGUGGACGUCUGUCAGAGUCUCACAAACCACCGUGCGAGCCGGCCGCGGGCGAAUGCAAAGUGUCGCUCGGACAGAUCUAUUGGCCCGCGUCCAAUCCCAAGCCGCUCUUUCCCUCCCGUCUUCCCAGGCCUUCAGGGUAGCGUACGAUAAUCCCAUCCCCAAGGCGUGCGGAUGUGUCAUGGCGGACUGGCUUGCCGCGCGGACCACCUCAGCUUUACAUGUGCGGCCCUCCGGGAGCGACAUAAGGUUCUACGCACGAGCGCCCUGGACCUUCGCCUAGGCCGCAUUUGGACUUCUCGCCCCCGCCACAAGAUCGCUCAUAAUCGCCUCGGCGCGCCCGUGCUGUGGCCACAGAAUGGACGGCCACGCCGUGCGCGCCGACCACGACCCGUCUCUUUGCAACGCAGUCGCCAGCGUACACGCGAGUGAUUGUUGCGCCUGUACCCGCCUCCUCGCAAGAUAUCCAUGAGCACCAGUACUGUGCCUGGGCGCAGCCGACGGUCAAUAUGAUCCAAUAUGAUCGGUGCCACCAAACGGGACCAGAUUGCCGGAUCGGGAAAUUAUGUCGGUAACUUUCGGCGGCUGCCCCUCGGUAAUUAUGCCGCCGCCCGCGCAUCCUCCGCCAGCCCUCGUGUCCUCGAGCUCGAGCUCCUCUCCUACCUCUUCUACGGAAUGUGAGAUGCGAUCUAUCUGGCAUCGGAGUUCAGUUACAGUUGGGAUCAGAUCACGACUCCGGUCGUGCCGAUCCUCCGUCCGCGACUCCGCGCCCGUCCGUUCAUCUCCCCGUCGGCGUCCCACGACUGUCUAUGCGCAUAGAUAUCCGGAUGCUGCUGGAGAAGGGUUCUCGACCACACCGGUGCACUUCUUAACCACACGCGUCCUGCGCCGGGAUAUCUGCUGCUGCGUAUAUGAGCGCUAUAUCUGGCACGGAUAUAUCUCAACGUGCCAAAGAACGGAGCUGGUGCACUCGCGAGCUCCCUCAGCCUCCGUCUCGCCUCGCCUCAAUCGGAUUGUCCUUUACCGAUGCCCGCUGCCCUCCACCCACCGCGCUAUCGCCCGAGCUCUCGUCUCCGUCCCCCUGGACCGGCUUCUCCUGAGCCUGGCCUAGGAACCCGUCCUUCCAAGCUGCGACUCGGCCGGGCCUAGAACGUCGACCGACGCAUGCACGAACUCAAACUCAAAAACC